UCUAGUUUCCCUAGUUCCAACCUCCGACCGUUCCUUGGGUGUAAACGUCCCUGGAUUUCAGUUCUUUCAAACUGGGUACUGCCAGGGUCCUAAAUGGCCAUUGAAAAGGAAAAAGGAACAUGCUGAGACAUCAGCCUACGUCCCUGCGCAUGUGCAGUGACCUGAGCGGAGAGUCCCGGGCGUGGCCUGAGCGUGAAGAUUUCGCGGGUGCGCUCGUCUCGCUCCGUGCGGCUGCAGCAGGGAGGCUGCUGGAGUAUGUCGGCCCCGUUUGAGGAGCGCAGUGGGGUGGUUCCGUGCGGGACGCCGUGGGGCCAGUGGUACCAGACCUUGGAGGAGGUGUUCAUUGAAGUUCAGGUGCCGCCUGGCACUCGCGCCCAGGAUAUCCAGUGCGGCCUGCAGAGCCGGCAUGUGGCGCUGGCCGUGGGUGGCCGCGAGAUCCUCAAGGGCAAGCUCUUUGAUUCUACAAUAGCUGAUGAGGGAACAUGGACUUUGGAGGACAGAAAAAUGGUCCGUAUUGUUCUUACAAAGACAAAGAGAGAUGCAGCAAAUUGUUGGACUUCUCUUCUAGAAUCUGAAUAUGCAGCUGAUCCUUGGGUGCAAGACCAAAUGCAGAGAAAACUUACAUUAGAGAGAUUCCAGAAAGAAAAUCCUGGUUUUGACUUCAGUGGAGCAGAAAUCUCAGGAAACUACACUAAAGGUGGACCAGACUUCUCAAAUCUUGAGAAAUAACUACUACUUUUUUUUUUUGCUACAUUCUGUGGAUCCCAGCAGAUGUUGCCAACUUAGAGGAACAGAUUAUGUGGUGGAAGAAAAAUGUGGAUACCUGCAGUUAACAAAUUGCAAAAUAUAUUUAACUAUGGUUCUAAAAAUUGCAUUCAAAUAUUUACAUAGGAAACAUCUUAAAUACUGUGGAAACUAUUCUACUGAUAUAGAGUAACAUUUUUUUGGACACUUUUUUUGCUCAGCAUGAAGUUUUAUAUGCUGCAUUUUACUAAUUUCAGAUUUAACCUGUAUUUUUAAUACAAAAACAUUGGGGUAUAGAUCAUGUGAAAUGACCGGUGCCUUCAGGGAUAAUUAAAUUUUUCUUUCAAUAAGUGUAAUGCAGGAAUAAUGUUCAAUAAACAUUUCUAAAUAGGA